AUGGCUACUUGGGAAGCGGGUAGUACUACAAAUCUGAUUCUUAUGUGUUGUCCUCUUUGUUACCAUGAUCGAGAUUCUAGAGACCACCUUUUCUUUCAAUGCUCCUUUGCCACGGAAGUUUGGGAUUCAGUGAGGAAAAUGGUCAACAUGGAGAGUGUCAAUAACACAUGGUCCUCGGUUAUGCAGUGGAUGGUUCAAAAUGCAAAUUCUCGCAAGCUUGACCGGAUUGUUGGUAAGCUCCUUAUUGCGGCUGCUACGUACUAUGUAUGGCAAGAGAGGAAUAACCGGUUAUUUUCUAGUGUCCAACGAACCCCUGAUAUGCUUUCCCAUGUUAUCAUCAGUACGGUUCGAUUGAAGAUUAUGGGGUUCAAGCUUGGGAGGGACCGGAAGCACCGUAACCUCUUGGAUACCUGGCAGAUUUCGAUAAAGAAUUUGGAUUGUGACCCGGGCUAG